AUGGGCCUCAACGUCCGCAACAUGACAAAGUCCAUGGACUUUUACGGGAAGGUCAUCGGAAUGCGUCAUAUAAUCACAAUACAGGUGGUCGGAACGGCACCGGCUUUCAGACUGGCGCAGAGUUGCUUCGGAAGAAGAACAACAGCGACGCAUAUCAAACUGUUCCAUUUCGCCGACCCCGAAAACCCUCUUGUCGCAACUACAGAACGGACCAACACCUUCGCGAACAUUGGUCUUGUCGUGCCUGAUGUUCAGGCCGCUCAAAGCCGCUUCGAAAAGCACGGCGUCAAAAUCAUAAAGGCUCAAGUGGACGCGGUGAUCAAGGGACUGUUGACUACGGACUUCGAGUAUAUCCUGUUUGUGGAGGACCCUGAUGGCAAUAUGCUUGAGGUUGUGAAACAGGAUGGAUUUUGGGGUGCUGCUUAA